AUGACUGUCAGGCAUCCUAUGAAACGAAACUUUGAUGAUUCGUGUUCUACAUUAUUCGAAAUCAUAGAUUUUGAAACUAAGGUUAAAGAAGGAAAGAAGCAUGAAAGUAGUGACUUGAAAUUAGAAGACAUAUCUGAUUCUGAUAGUGUCUGCAGUGGAUUAACUCAACAAGCAAAGAGUGGAAAAACUGAUAAUCAGCACUGUUCUAUUUCAAUGACCAAAGAAGAUCCUUAUAGUAGGGUUUCUGACACAGUGAAGAAGACAACCCAACGUGAUUCAGCGUCUUGCCCAGUAUCUGCGGUUAUAGCUAGUACAAAGCCUGUUGUGAUUCCAGUGCAUGCAGUCGGCGGGAGACACAAACCAGAUAAGAAUGUCACAAGUAGGUUUCCUGACACAGUGAAGAAGACAACCCAACGUGGUUCAGUGUCUUGCCCAAUAUCUGCGGUUGUAGCCAGCACAAAGCCUGUUGUGAUUCCAGUGAAUGCAGUCCGCGGGAGACACGAACCAGAUAAGAAUGUCACAAGUAGGGUUCCUGACACAGUGAAGAAGACAACCCAAUGUGAUUCAGUGUCUUGCCUAGUAUCUGCGGUUAUAGCUAGUACAAAGCCUGUUGUGAUUCCAGUGAAUGCAGUCCGCGGGAGACACGAACCAGAUAAGAAUGUCACAAGUAGGGUUCCUGAGCUACAGAAGAAAGUAGUAAAGGAAAGCCAAAGUGAUGUAAGGUCUUCAAAAUCUUUGGACCUAUCUAUUAGGAAACCUGUUGCUGUAGUUCCAAGGAAUGUCAAUGACGGGAAACAUCAACCAGAUGAGAAUGUCACAAAUAGGGUUUCAGACAAACAGAACAAGCCAAGCCAAAGUGAUUCAAGGCUUUCAACCAAAUCUGUGGGUCUAGCCAGUACGAAGCCUGCUGUGAUUCCAGUGAAUAUGGAUGGUGGGAGAUGGGAACCAGAUAAGAAUGUCACAAGUAGGGUUGCUGACAACGGGAAGAAGACAACCCAAUUUGAUUCAGCAUAUUUAUCAGAAUCUGCGGGUCUAGCCAGUACGAAGCCUGUUGUGAUACCAGUGAAUGUAGUCGGCGGAAGACCCGAACCAGAUAAGAAUGGCACAAGGAGGGUUCUUGGUUUCCUGAAGAAGUUAGCAAAAAAGCGAAACAGUAUUUUAUCACCUUCAUCAAAAUCUGUUGGCCAAAUCAACAAGAAGAGUGGUCCUGCCCUUCCAGUGAAUGUGAAUUGCAGGAGUCAUGACCCAGUUGAGAUUCCCCGAAGGACAGAUCCUAGCUUGCAGAAGAAUGUAGUAAAGGAAAGCCAAACUGAUCCCUGGUCUUCACCAGAUUAUGUGGGUCAAGUCAGCGAGCAGGCUGGUGCUGAACUUCCAGUGAAUGUAGAUGUCAGGAGAUAUGACUCAGAUGAGAAAGCCAGAAGGUAAA